CUUUUCCUUUUUUCCGAAGGUUCAAGAAUCUGUGGAAGAUAACAAGCAGAGAUGAUGAAUCCCCACAGAAACAAAUUCGUAAGGUUUAAUGGAAAUGAUGAGUUUUCGACCAAAACUACUAGACCAUCAGUAACUUCAGUUAUGAAAACCGUUAGACGAAGCUUCGAAAAGGGGUCAGCGAAAAUCAGAACCUUUAAGCAGCCCUUGAGCUUUCAUUCAAAGAAGAAUAAAGAAAACAAGAAGAAGAUACUAAGAGUGAUGAAUCCUAACGAUUCUUAUCUUCAAAACUGGAACAAGAUUUUCUUGCUUCUCUCUAUUGUGGCUUUAGCCUUUGAUCCCCUGUUUUUCUAUAUCCCCGUUGUGAACUCUGAGAGAUUCUGUCUUAAUCUAGACAGUAAACUCGAGGCAAUCGCUUGCGUUUUCCGCACUUUCAUCGACGCUUUCUAUGUGGUUCACAUGCUGUUUCAGUUUCAUACCGGUUUCAUCGCUCCUUCUUCUCGUGGUUUCGGCAGAGGAGAGCUUAACGAGAAUCCUAAAGAAAUCGCUAUGAGAUACCUCGGAUCAUACUUUCUAAUUGAUCUUCUUUCGAUUCUCCCUAUUCCGCAGGUAGUUGUUCUAGCUAUUGUUCCAAGGAUGAGAAGACCCGCGUCGCUGGUAGCAAAAGAGCUAUUGAAAUGGGUAAUCUUUUGCCAAUAUGUUCCGAGGAUAGCGCGAAUCUACCCGCUUUUUAAAGAAGUAACAAGAACUUCUGGUUUGGUAACUGAAACUGCUUGGGCUGGAGCUGCUUUAAACCUAUUCCUCUACAUGUUAGCUAGCCACGUUUUUGGGUCUUUUUGGUACUUGAUUUCGAUAGAAAGGAAAGAUAGAUGUUGGCGCGAAGCGUGUGCUAAGAUAGUUAAUUGCCGUCAUGAAAAACUAUACUGUUCACCAACAGGGGAAGACAAUAGGCAGUUUUUAAACGGUUCUUGUCCGUUGAUCGAUCCCGAAGAAAUCUCAAACUCGACGGUUUUCAACUUUGGUAUAUUCGCUGAUGCAUUGCAGUCUGGAGUUGUGGAGUCUAGAGAUUUCCCUAAGAAGUUUUUCUACUGUUUCUGGUGGGGUCUUCGCAAUCUUAGUGCUUUGGGCCAAAACUUGAAGACGAGUGCCUUCGAAGGAGAGAUCAUUUUUGCGAUAGUCAUUUGUGUCUCUGGACUAGUCUUGUUUGCUCUUCUCAUUGGAAAUAUGCAGAAAUAUUUGCAAUCAACUACUGUACGAGUUGAGGAAAUGAGAGUGAAAAGGAGAGAUGCAGAGCAAUGGAUGUCUCAUAGGAUGUUGCCAGACGAUCUGAGAAAACGUAUCCGUAAAUACGAACAGUAUAAAUGGCAAGAAACCAAAGGAGUUGAGGAAGAAGCUCUUCUCUCUAGUCUCCCAAAAGAUCUCAGAAAGGACAUUAAACGCCAUCUUUGUCUCAAUUUGCUCAAAAAGGUGCCUUGGUUUCAAGCUAUGGAUGAUCGGUUACUAGACGCUCUAUGUGCUCGUCUCAAAACGGUUCUUUACACAGAGAACAGUUACAUUGUGCGCGAAGGUGAACCAGUGGAAGAUAUGUUGUUUAUAAUGAGAGGAAAUCUAAUAAGCACCACCACUUAUGGUGGCAAAACUGGUUUCUUCAAUUCGGUUCCCUUAGUUGCUGGUGAUUUUUGUGGAGAUCUUCUCACUUGGGCAUUAGAUCCUCUCAGUUCAAACUUCCCUAUCUCUAGUAGAACCGUUCAAGCUUUGACAGAAGUUGAAGGCUUUGUUCUCUCAGCUGAUGAUCUCAAGUUUGUCGCUACUCAGUAUCGUCGCCUCCACAGCAAGCAACUCCGACACAUGUUCAGGUUUUAUUCAGUGCAAUGGCAGACAUGGGCAGCAUGUUUUAUACAAGCAGCAUGGAAGAGACAUUGUAGAAGGAAGCUCUCAAAGGCUUUACGUGAAGAAGAAAGCAAACUACAUAACACUCUUCAGAACGAUGAUUCAGGAGGCAAUAAACUUAACUUAGGUGCUGCGAUUUAUGCGUCGAGGUUUGCUUCUCAUGCUCUGAGGAAUCUAAGGGCGAAUGCAGCAGCACGAAACUCUAGAUUUCCUCAGAUGUUAUCUUUGUUGCCUCAGAAACCAGCCGAUCCUGAGGUUUUCUCGGGAGCCAAUGCGAAAGAGGAGUUUUUGAAAGAGGUUAAUCGAGUGGAGGAGUUUCUCAAGGAUCCUUGUGUUUCUUCUAAGGUUUUCAAUGGAGGUAUCGUUCAGGUUAGGGUUCCUAAGGUUGUUCCUCCUUCUCAAGCGGCUUCGAUUUUGGGGGUUGGAGAUGGUGCUAUUGGUUCUGGAGAACUAAUUCAGAACGUCUUAGCGAAUCAACAAGUUAUCCUGAGGAAAAGAAAAUCCGAUGUGGAAGCUGAAUUGGAAUGUAAUCGAGAGCAAGAGACGGGCUUGGGAAUUAAGGGAGCCUUUAGUUCGAGAAGACCGAAGUGGACUUCAUUUUCUUGUACAACCAUGAAUUAUCAGAGGAGUAAUAAAUUUGUCAGGCUUAAUCAUACUAGGAAUUUGGCGAGUUCUGUUGAUGAAAAAUUCAAAAGUGUUAGAGGACGCUUGAAGAAAUUUUACCGGAAGAUGAAAACACUCGAAAACUGGAGGAAGACUGUCUUGUUAGCUUGCGUGGUUGCUUUGGCUAUUGAUCCUUUGUUUCUCUUUAUCCCUUUGAUUGAUUCUCAUAGAUUUUGCUUCACUUUCGACAAGAGACUUGCGACAGUAGUUUGUGUCAUUCGUACUUUUAUUGACACAUUCUAUGUGAUUCACAUCAUUUUCUAUCUUAUAACCGAGAUCAUUGCUCCUCGUCCUCAAACAUCUUUGAGAGGCGAGAUUGUCAUGCAUUCUAAGGAGGCUAAUACACUGAAAACACGUCUCCUCUUUCACUUCAUGGUAGACAUUUUCUCUGUUCUCCCCAUUCCUCAGGUGGUGGUUCUCACUCUCAUUCCACGGUCUGCCUCCCUGGUGUCAGAGGAAAUACUGAAAUGGAUUAUACUUACUCAAUAUUUACCAAGAAUCAUUCGAAUGUAUCCGCUUUACAAAGAAGUGACUAGAGCCUCUGGUACGGUAGCAGAAUCAAAGUGGAUUGGAGCUGCUUUGAACUUUUUCCUUUACAUGCUGCACAGUUAUGUGUUUGGGGCAUUUUGGUACGUGAGUGCAGUAGAAAGGAAAAGCAAAUGUUGGCGUCAAGCGUGUGCUAGGACAUCCGGCUGCAAUCUCACGAAUCUGCUUUGUGGUGUCGGAGACAAUAGUCGUUUCCUGAACACUUCAUGCCCAUUAAUCGACCCUGACAAAAUCACAAACUCCACAGACUUCGACUUUGGUUUGUACAUUGAUGCAUUGAAGUCAGGGGUGCUAGAGGUGAAACCAAGGGAUUUUCCGAGGAAAUUCGUCUAUUGCUUUUGGUGGGGUCUUCGUAAUAUUAGUGCUUUGGGCCAAAACCUGGAGACAAGCAACUCUGCAGGGGAGAUUGUUUUUGCUAUCAUCAUAUGUGUCUGUGGUUUACUCUUGUUUGCUGUGCUCAUUGGAAACGUUCAGAAGUACUUGCAAUCAUCAACGACUAGAAUCGCAUUAGGAGAUUCGAAGAUUACAAAUGGCAAAAAACUAAAAGGCACCGAAGAGGAAGCUCUUCUUCGUAGUCUUCCAAAAGACCUCAGACUCGAAACCAAACGCUAUCUUUACUUGGAUAUGUUAAAACGUGUUCCAUGGCUUGCCAUCAUGGAUGAUGGUUGGCUACUAGAAGCUGUGUGCGACCGGGUGAAGUCUGUGUUCUACUCAGCGAACAGCUACAUAGUGAGAGAGGGCCACCCAGUUGAGGAAAUGCUGAUUGUAACGAGAGGUAAGCUGAAAAGUAGUACAACCGGAUCUCAUGAAAUAGGUGGCCGCGGCUACAAUUGUUGUUUCCUCGAAGCUGGUGACAUAUGUGGAGAACUUCUCUUCAAUGGUUCUCGCCUUCCCACCUCAACCAGAACCGUAAUGACUGAGACUGAAGUUGAAGGUUUCAUUCUCUUGCCUGAUGAUAUCAAGUUUAUAACUUCUCAUUUAAAUGUCUUUCAAAGACAAAAACUUCAACGAACAUUCAGGUUCUAUUCAGAGCAAUGGCAAUCAUGGGCGGCAUUCUUCAUUCAAAGGGCAUGGAGGGAACAUUGCAAAAGGAAGCUUUCUAAGAUCUUACGCGCCAAAAGAGACAACGAGAAUAUUCCACAAGGCAAGCAACUCAAUCUUGCAUCAACGCUCUACGUGUCGAGAUUUGUGUCCAAAGCUUUGCAAAAUCGACAGAAAGAUAUAGCAGAUUGUUCCACUUCUCUUGAUAUGUCACCUCCGGUACCUCAUAAACCAGCCGAUCUCGAGUUUGCAAAGGAUGAAGCAUAGUGUAUCUUUGAAGGAAAAUUACUUUGUACACAAAGAAGGAAGUGAAGACUAUGCUUAAUUUACGCAAUCAUUUAUUAGGAUUGUCGACAUAUGCCCAAUCAUUUGACAAUAACUAGAGAGUUGUAGG